AUGGAUGAGCUCACGAAGUUUCUAGCGCAACACCCAAACAUUCACUAUGCCACUCCGUCUUCCCCGGACUACGACUCUUUAAGUUCAGGAUAUGUGCUCGAUCACGGCAAAGUCCCAGCGAUGAUUGUACGACCUGCCUCAGCCGAAGAUGUGGCGGCUCUGGUCGCUGUCCUGAAAAGAAAUGAGCUCCCCUUUUCCAUUCGAGUUGGUGGCCAUGACAUGUUUGGUCGAUCGGCGGUCCAUGAUGCCGUCACCAUAGAUCUGCGCAAGAUCGCGUAUGUCCACGUUGACCCCGAAGCCUGCACGGCACGAUUAGGUGGUGGAGUACUAGUCAUGGAAGUACUUCAAGAGUUGAAGCAACAUGGCAUGGUUGCACCUCACCCAGUCAUCCCGGGGGUUGGAUUCGUGGGCUGGGCAACCCACGGCGGCUAUGGUCUGCUCAGCGCGCAGUAUGGGUUUGGAGUAGACCAGAUCCUGCAGGCACGAUUGGUCGACUCACAGGCAGUCAUCCGUGAUGCCGAUGAGGAGAUGCUGACCGCGAUUCGCGGUGGGGGAGGAUGCUUGGGGAUCAUCGUCGAGCUCACAAUCAAGGUGUAUCCAUUGAACCAGGUACAGAUCAAGUUCUCUCCUGCAAUGAGAUUGGUAUUAAUCAGAAGCCAGAUCCUUGCAGGCGUCAUAAGAUAUGAGUCCAGCGAUAUAGCAGCGACCAUUAAACAAUACAAUGAUGCAUGGCGCACAGAGAAAGACGGACUUCCAUCGAGUCUGAGCCUUUUCCAAUGUAUUGGAAAUACAUCUUCAGGCAAGGUAUUCUCCGUGCUUUUUGUCUGGGCAUCUACAGACAUUGAAUCUGGAGAGAAAUGGCUGUCUAAAGUCAGCACCUGGUCCCUCGUGGCCGUGAGCACCGUUGCUCCAACUGAUAUGGUUACGUUCAACGAGCAAGCCCAGCGCAUUUGUCAUACAAAUACCUACGGCCUGUGUCUCACUGUCAAUCUAUGUGAGCUAACGGCUGAGAUCGUUGAUGUCAUCAGCAAGUAUGCGCCAUUAAAGCCGAGCGACCCGUCGACUAUGUUUGCGAUCCACGAGUUGCGCGCUUGCACUCCCCGGCCUGUGAUGCCGACUGUCUGGGACACUCGUGUCCCACAUUUUGUCAUUGAAAUCUUGCCUACUGUUCUUCAUGCAGACAGACUCGAUGAAGCCCUGGAAUGGGCACGCAGCUUCCAUAAUGAAAUGAUGCGAACCGAUAAAUCUAAUAUUUUGGCAUCAACCUAUCUUCCACUUACUGAACCGAACAAGGUGGACAUGAGGGCGAUAUAUGGGAGCAAGUACCAGAUUUUAAAGCGCGUCAAACAACAGUAUGAUCCAGAUAAUGUGUUUCGGCAUACUGUGGUGCAAGUGUGA